AUGAUAAAAAGGAAAAGAAAGUUGGAAAAUGAUCCAGCAAAUGGAAAUAAGACAGAACGUUUGGAUUACUUCAGCGAGCAUUUCUCAAAGAUAAUUGAUCCAAUUUGUAAGGAAAGAAUAUCAAAUUCUGCUAAUACUUUUAUGCCUUCGAUUGCGACAAUUAAUCUCCAGGUACUUUAUUGUUUACAUUCUUUGCAUCAUAUCAUCUCUACGAGAAAUCUCGUCAUCAGUAAUAAUUUAUAUCUUCGUGAAUUACGUGAGAAAGGAAAUUUAAAAGAAGAAAGUAUAGAAAAUGCACGAGAUCAAGGAUUUGCUCGACCUAAAGUUCUUAUCUUAUGUCCGAUGAGAAAAGAUGCAUUAUCUCUUGUUAAUCUAUUUCGUACACUCAUUUUUGGUAAUUCUGAUAGACCAUUCAUCAGCAAUUUUCAUCGAUUUCAAAAAGAAUUUGGUGGUUCUGAUUGUGGAAUUAGUGAAAAGAGAAAUGUAGAUAUUGAAUUCAAGCAGUUAAUGUCAGGGAAUAUAGAUGAUUGUUUUCGUAUAGGAAUUGGCUUUGCUAAAAAAUGUUUAAAAUUAUAUACCUCAUUUGCCGACUCAGAUAUUAUAAUUGCAUCACCGCUUGGCUUAAGAAUGGUUAUUGCUGAUGCUCAGUCGGAAAUAACCAUUGAAAAAGAUUUUCUAGCUUCGAUCGAAAUUUUGAUAAUUGAUAAGGCAGAGAUUCUUCUCAUGCAAAAUUGGGAACAUGUGUUGUUUGUUACUGAUAAUCUUCAUUGCCAGCCUAAGGAGAUUACCACUGAUAUCUCUCGCGUUCGCCAUUGGAGUAUCAGUCAAGAUGCUAAACUUUAUAGACAAACUGUUCUUUUGUCUUCAUUUUCUCUCGCUGAAUUUAAAGCUUUUUUCAAAUGUAAAUGUUUUAAUUUUGCCGGACUUGUUUCACUUUUUUCGUCAUCAAAUGGAUAUCUUGACCAAGUUGAGACAAUGGUUUAUCAAGAAUUACAACGUAUAGCCGUUGAUCUUUCGGUUAAUCAGUCGGAUAUACGGUUUCAGCACUUUAAGGACAAAGUUUUGCGAAAAUGUGAGACAGGCACAGCUAUUUUCAUUCCAUCUUAUUUUGAUUUUGUUAGAAUUCGAAAUUUCUUGAAAAAUGAAAAUGAAAGUUUUGUUCAGCUUUGCGAAUAUUCGAAACCAGGAAAAAUUGCAAAGGCCCGUGAUUUAUUUUUUAAAAGGGAAAGGAAGUUGGUUUUAAUAACGGAGCGUUUCCACUUUUUUAAACGAUAUCACAUAAAGGGAAUAAAAUCAGUUAUAUUCUACCAACCACCAGCUUUUCCAAAAUUUUACCAUGAAAUUAUAAAUAUGGCAAUAUCUGAUGGUAAUUAUAUUAUAUCACGAAUGCUUUACACUAAAUUUGAUGCAAUCCGUAUAAUAAAUAUUUUUGGAAAGCGGUACUAUCGAGAAAUCGCUAAGUCGGUUAAAGAUGUUCAUAUAUUAUUAAGUGAAUAA